GUCUUUCGGUAACUCACAGAAUGUUUGAUUGCUCAGUUCUCAUAGGAUUGAGUGUUCACAUUGCUACCAACAUUCUUAUCUUUUGGUUUCUUCUAUAAAAGUUUGUUACUUGCAAAGCCUUCUUUUGAUACCUUUCCUUGUCACCAGGCCGUGUAAAUCAAAAGAUUUUAAAGUCUUUAAGGUGAAACAAAGCUAAGAAGAUUCUUUUAAGCAUCUCUUACUUGUUUAGGAAACUCACACAUCAUCUUCCAUUGUCAUGCUGAUCAAGAAUUAGCCUAUUCAUUCUCUCCAUUUCCCACGCAUUAAAAACAUUUCUUUUUUGGAAUUGGUUUUGUUCAUUGAUGUCAUCUAGUUUCUCUUAACGGUAUUUAUAUAGACAUAAUCUUCCCAUUCUUGUCAUUAUCUAGUAACUGAACCAUCUCCAGGAAGAAUGUCAGGCUAUGCCAAGAGCAAAUAUGUUGAUGAAGCUCCUGCAAAAGAGAGUGAUAGCACCGGUAACAUCAUCAUCUAUACCCUUCUAGGGCUUUGCAUUCUGCUCAGCCUCUUCAUCGUCAUCGGUUUCUUUGUCAUAGCCAAGCCACUUGAAGCAAGCUUGAAAUCUGUGGCUGUAACAAGCCUCAGGUACAAUGAUGCAUCAUCAUCAUCCUCGCCUUAUUUCAACGCGACACUAGCUAUGGAGGUCAGAAUCGAGAAUCCGAACUUCGGCUUCUUUGAGUUUCCUGCUAGUAAAGGAAAUAUCUGGUACAACGGUCGUGUUGUUGGUGAGAUGAAGAUUAAUGGACAACGAGUGGGUGCAUAUAGUGCCACAAGAACAGAGGUUGUGACACAAGUGAGUUAUAGAGAGGAUCAUGCACCAUCUGUUUGGUUCAAGAACGAUAUUAAGAGAGGGUUGAUUGUCCUCAAGGUUGGAGCUAAACUGAGAGGUGAAGUAAACUUGGAGGUUUUGAACAAGAGAAGUGUGAAUUUGAAGUGUUUGAUGCAUCUUAAUCUGAUAGAUGGAGUGAUUCAACGUUUGUGGUGCAAAUGAAAUCUCUCUGUUUUGUUUUCCAGUUUUCUUUUUCACCUUUUUACUUCUUUUUGUUAACUUGUAUUAAUAAGAUGUUUCUAAGUGUAUAUUUGAAUAUCAAAUGAUUAUUGUCUAGAUUCUAGUCUAUACAUUGUGUUACUAUAAAAUUCACAUUUUUCA